CUAGUUGAAAGCUAGCGUCAGUUAUCUAGGCGAAGCGCAUGGUUGUGGCCUAGCUUGUUCGCGUACGUUACGCGUUUUGUAGUGACGUCAGUUACGGGUGAUACAGCACGCUAAUUAGUAAACUAAUAUGUUCGUAAAUGAUUUAGCUUUAAACAAGACCUUGUCUGUGUGUGUAUUAAUAACGCAUGUUGUCUUGUUGCACGAGUUAAAUGUUGAGGUCACUGUGGUGAUAGUUAGCUAAUCCCAGCAAAUGUCUACUAACGGUAACGUUAGGUUAAUUUACCGUGUGACUGACUAGUUGCGCCAUCCAACACGAAUCUCGUCGUUAGCUAGCAUGGUAGCAUGCCGUUUGAUUUCCCCCCCGCGACCUAGCUAUAGUAGCUCGCAAAGUAUGGUGUCGGAGUUCUCAGUGCACGCAGACUCCUUGCGACGUUUUGGCGUUUCUUCCGUGUGGCAGCCACAUUACGACGAUCAGGAUUCUGUGCGGCCUGAAGAGCUAUCCGGCAUCUAGUUAGCGCAGUCGGAAUGAAAUGACGUUAGGUAUUUGUUUAAAUAACAAUUCCCUACGCUUUAGAAAAACAUUGUAGGUCACCGAACGUGAGCUAGUCAACAAUGUUGCAUUGACCACCCCUCCCCCACACGACAACUGGGGUGGGUCUGGGAGUGUUUCCCCUCUUUCUCACGUGCCUGCGUGCGGUGACCAUAGUCGGGGAACAAUCUGUGGUGAACCUCUUUCUCUCACCCCAACAUCGUAGUUCUUAAAUAGUUUAUGUUGAGUCACUGCUUCUUUCUUUUUUUUCUGACGAUGUUUCCAAAUGGUAUGGACGGUAGGAAUGAUAAAAAGGCCUGAAGUUACCACUCUGCCUUUUGUUUGCGCCCCAUCUAUUGGUCCAAGAUCCCACUACCAGGCCUGUGAUGAUUACUGAUCAGAACCUGCUGUGUGCAGAAUCUGAAAUCAUCAGAUAAGCCCUCGUUCAGAGUCCCACCACUACAGAUCAGCAGAUAUUCUGUUUGAAAGUAGUGAGUGACUCCAUCUAUGGAGGAGAAUGUGAGUCCUGAGCUCUCUCUAGCUCCUGAGCCAGAGCAGAGCCAGGACCCUAUGGAUAGCAGCUCUCAAGCUAUUCUUGAGGACUAUAAAGCCGAGAAGGAGGACGGAGAAGAUAAAGAAGACCAAGAGCAUGGUAACAAUGAUACGGAGGAAAAGCUAGAGAACGCAGAGCAAUCUGCUAAGACCACCAACGAGUUCAAGAAAACCUGGGGAUUCCGACGGACCACCAUAGCCAAGAGAGAAAUGCCCGGAGACACUGCUGCUGAGAGCCAGGAUGGCCAUGCAGGGCCUGUACGUCGCAGUGGGAGGCAGGCAAAACGCACUGACAAGCUGGAGGAGUUCCUGCUCACCACCAAGAGAGCGCGCACAGUAGGGAGGAGGAGUGCACCUGGCAGCAUAGAGGCUGGGGAUCCUCCCUCCCAGACCCCUACAGAUGCAGAGACGGCCUCCGAGGCCAGUUUUGACGGCAACGCAGAGGCCAAGUCUGUGGACGAUAAGCCAGAUUCUCCAGUGAGGAAGACGAGGAGCAGGAAGAAGACCACUCGGAAGGCUAAAGGCCGUGGCAGAAGCAGAGUUGGCUCUGUCAGUGAUGAUGGAAGCUCUGACAAUGAGAAGUUUAGUGGCGAUGCACUCAAAGAGCUCCAGGAGGAGGAGGAGCAGGGUAGUGGGGAUACACCCAAAGAGCUCCAGGAGGAAGAGGGUAGCGGAGAUGCACCCAAAGAGCUCCAGGAAGAGGAGGGUAGCACAGAUGUACCCAAAGAGCUCCAGGAAGAGGAGGGUAGUGGAGAUGCACCCAAAGAGCUCCAGGAAGAGGGGGGUAGCGGAGAUGCACCCAAAGAGCUCCAGGAAGAGGGGGGCAGCGGAGAUGCACCCAAAGAGCCACAGCCCGAGGAGAAGCAGCAGCAGGACAAGAAGACAACCAGCCCUGACGGGGAAGAGAAGGAUGACACAGUGCAGCCAGAGCAGGACUCUGUGAAGAAAGAGGAAGAGCAGGAGAAGGGAAAAAAGGGGUGCGUGGAGAAGCCCAUAGACGCCAGUGGCGAGCGUGCCUCCAGGUCCAGGAGUCCUGCUAAGGCUAGUAGGGGAACCACCCCCAACAAGAGAGACACCAAGUCCAGAGGAGGGAUAAAGACCCACAAUGACCAGGAGGAAGAUGAAUCCCCAUCGUCAUCCUCAUCAUCCAGUGACUCCGGUGACGAUGAAGGAUACGACCCUAAUGCACUGUACUGCAUCUGUCGACAGAAACACAACAAAAGGUUCAUGAUCUGCUGCGACCGCUGUGAGGAGUGGUUCCAUGGAGACUGUGUGGGCAUCACUGAGGCUCGUGGACGUCUGAUGGAGAGGAACGGGGAGGACUACGUCUGCCCCAACUGCACCACCAAGAAGAGCCAGACGACCAAGCCCAAUGGCAAACCCAAAGCAGCUGCCCCCGGGGCCCUCAAGGCCGAGCAGAGCCCCUCUGUGGCGGCUCCCUCAGCUGGGAUGGAAGAAAAGGGUGACGACUUGGGGAUCAAAGGGAGGAUAGAGAAGACCACCAACCCCAGUGGGAAAAAGAAGAUCAAGAUCUUUCAGGCGGCGGCAGAGGAGUCUAAGCUGCCCAACUGCAUAGGGCCAGGCUGUGAGAAGACCGCCCUGAAGGACUCUGUCUACUGCGGCAGCGAGUGCAUCCUGAGACACGCCGCUGCAGCCAUGGCAGCCAAGUCGAUUUCUGAACCCAAGCAGAAAGAUCAAGACAAGGCUAAGGGACAGAUAAAAACACCUGGUGCCAGGGCAACGACCAAGAAGAGUUCCACCACCGGAAGGAAGACCAGCAAGAAGUCCACAGAGGAGGAGUCGUCUGACAGUGAGGAUGACAAGAAGGAUGGUGAUGAAGAGCAGAAUGCAGAGCAGCAGCCACCACCACCCACCAUGUCGUCCUGGUCCAGCGACCAUAAUUACAAUGCAGUAACGCCAGAAAAGACUACACCCAUAGCACCACCAACAGUGUUAAACAAAACGUCUCCUGUAGAGAAGGAGAGUGAAGAGGACCAGAGUGAGAAGGAAUCAACCCCUUCUGAGAAGAAGUCACCUGCUUCUACAGCGCCGCUCAAAGGAGGAAAGAAGUCCCCCGGCCCCAAAUUAUUAAAGACAUACACCAGACGCAAUAAACCAGCAACUCCAGGCAGCAGUGCUAAGGCUCCAAAGAAACAACCACCCCCCCCUCCUAACAAAACCAAAUCCAAGAAACCACCUCCACCGCCUGCUGUUCUGACCCCUUCUGCCCCUGGUUCUUUAGAUGCCCCACGACAUCACAUCACAGGAGCCCUGAGGGUUGGCAAGUCCAGCUUUACCAUCCCUAAGAAGCAGGCCCAGCCCCAGCAAAGGGACUCCUCAGGUCGUAGUCCGUCCAGAGUCUCAUCCUCAGCCCCUUCUACCCGACACCAUGAGCCAGGCGCUUCUGCACCUUCCAUGAUGUGCCCGACAGCUCCGCCCAACAACCAGAUGAGACAGAACAUCCGCCGCUCGCUCACAGACAUCCUCUACAAGAGGGUGAGUGACAGUGAUGAUUUGAACAUGUCUGAGAAUGACGUGGGAAAACUGGCAGUCAGCAUUGAGAAGGAGAUGUUCAACCUGUGCCUUUGCACAGACAGCAAGUACAAGAACAAGUACAGAUCCCUCAUGUUUAACCUGAAGGACCCCAAAAACAAGGGCUUGUUCUACCGUGUGGUCUGGGGAGAGGUCAGUCCCUUCAGGCUGGUGAGGCUGAGUGCAGAUGAGCUACUCUCCAAAGAGAUCUCAGAGUGGAGGAAGCCUGACGCCACUGAAGCUCCCAGUGCUAGAUCCCAGACAGGGCAGUCCAAAUCGGGCCGUAGGCUUGAUUCUGGCCCCCUUGAUGUGGACAUGGAGGACGCUCCUCCAAUGUCUGAUGGAGACGUAUGUAACUCUGGCACCUCUCCAUCUCCUCGCAUGGCUUUUUCUGCAGAACUAGAGGAAGCUAGCUCCGCUCCCUCUUCUGGCUCUGUUCAGGUGGGGGUGAAAAGUGGCAGUUCCCUACCAGACAUCUUCAGCAUGAUGCGGGACACCACAGCCGAACACAGGGCCCACCUCUUUGACCUUAACUGCAAAAUCUGCACAGGCCAGAAGUCUGCAGACGAUGAACCAGCCGCCAAGAAGGCCAAACUCUCCAAGAAGCCUGAAAUGAGGCAAGAGGUGAGGCGCUUGUCCAGGUCCUCCUCAGGUGAAGGUGCCCCGGUCUCUUAUUCCGGCAGUGAGACGCCAGUCCCUGAGCCCCUGCCCUACCAGGAGGACACAAGCAUCCAUUUUCCUCCGCCCCAGACCCCAGCCCCUAUCACCGCACCAGCCGUCUCCUCUGUCAGCAUCACCCGCAGAGAUCCCCGCAUGGCAAGACACAGCUCUGGAGUGACGGUCACCCACUCUGCCCCAGACGCAUCCAUGGUAGCAUCCAUCUCAACAGAUACCUAUUCAAGACCCAUUCCAACAGAGUCCUAUUCAAGACCUUUCCCAGCAGAUACUUAUUCAAGACCAGCCGUCUCAGUAGAGCCCGCUCCUGUUGCAGUGAUGGAGGUGGUGCCCAAGGGGCCUCUGCCCAUGCCCCCGGCUCCUCCACCUUCCAUCCCCAGGCCCAUCGUGCAGAAAGCUGCCUCGUCAGAGACUCCUCCAGAGGGCGAGACCGCCAUCUUCCUCCAUGGCCAGGAGAUGAUGUGGAAAGGAUUAGUCAACAUGCACACCGUGGCCAAGUUUGUCACUAAAGCAUACCUAGUCUCAGGAUCCUUUGAGCACCUGAAAGAGGAUCUGCCUGACACCAUCCACAUUGGAGGCCGAAUCUCUCCCAGCACUGUGUGGGACUAUGUGGGAAAACUGAAGACAUCUCUGUCCAAGGACCUGUGUCUGAUCCGGUUCCAUCCAGCCACAGAGGAAGAGGAGGUUGCCUACGUCUCUCUCUUCUCUUAUUUCAGCAGUAGGAAGCGUUUUGGAGUGGUCGCCAACAACAACCGCCGGAUCAAAGACCUGUACCUCAUCCCCCUGAGCUCCAAGGACCCCCUGCCCUCCAAACUGUUACCUUUUGAUGGGCCAGGACUUGAACCAGCGCGCCCUAACCUCCUGCUUGGGUUGGUGAUUUGCCAGAAGGACAAGAAGCGUGCUGGAGCCUCUUUGGAGACUGAAGAGAAGCGUUCCAAGAUCCAAAUCAGAGACCUAGAUGAUACUGGCCUUCCAAAACCAACCACCACCAUCAAAGCUGAAGUCAAAGCUGAGAAAGCCUUGCGGUACACCCAGGAUCUUCCCUUUAGCACAACCCCCCCAGGUACACCUCCCCCUCUCAGCUCCUCAGAGACCUCCUCCACGUCCAUGGCAGCCUUAUCAGUGCUGUCCUUCCUGUCCUCUGUCAAAGCCCCUGCUACAGACAUAGAGUCACCUGCCUCAAGCUCUGCUGCAUCAUCUGCUGCCAAUGCCACUCCCCUUCAGACCAUCCUGAAGACUUUGUUUGGGAGCAAGAGGCAAGACUCUGAGGCCUCCAUGUCUCCCUCAGAGCAUGGUGCUGUUGACAUCUCAGCUGUGCCUGCUACUCUGCUAGAUCCCAUUGUUCAGCAAUUUGGACAGAUUUCUAAGGAGAAGCAGGUGGAGGAAGAUGAGGAUGACAGACCAUAUGACCCAGAGGAGGAAUAUGACCCAGGCAUGGGCUAUGGAGCACCCCAGAAGUCAGUUAAAGAACCUGAGGUCAUCAAGCAGCCAGAGGCUACAGAUGUGGAUGAUGUGGCUUAUGACCCAGAGGAUGACACCAUCUUUGAGGAGGUCAAGACUGAGGGCCCUGGUCAAGCCAAGGCCACCGGGGAUCUGACCAAACAGCAGAAAAUGGUGGAGGAUCUCAACAAACAGAUUGAGGAGCAGAAACAGCAGCUGGAGGAGCAGGAGGAUUCCAUCCACGAAAAUAAGUUGGCCACAGGGACAUCAGCUGCCUCGUUCUCAGUCACAGACGGUUUGAUCUCACCAUCCCUACUGGCCAACAGUCGGCUCCUGCAGCUGGGCAAAAAAGUUGAAGAGUUUGUGAAAUCUUCUGCUGCUGCUCCUUUGAUUAACCAGAGAAGGGACCCAAGGCAGAGUAGGGAUCCCAGGAGGCUAACCUCAGACUCAAUAGAAAAGGUGGAGAUGCCUCCUGCCAAAGACACCACGCCACCACCACAGACUGAUGUCCAAGAACCAGAAACACCACUGCCCAAAGAAGAGGUUAUAACAGAUUCUCUUCCCUUUCUGGAAUCAGACGCAACAGAGGUUUCCAUUCCCCUGUUAGGUGAGCAUGUAGAACCUGCUACGGAGGUCAAUUACAUGGAGGAACAAACUGUUGAAUCUGAGGAAGUCGACCCAACCAAGAGUGACUUGGACAAAUACAGUAUUUGGCCAAAUGCAGACAGCAUUUUAAAAACAGGGGAGAUUUCUAGUUUUGAGAAGAACCAUCAAGAGCCUACCUCAUCUGGCUACUUCAACAUGUCCACAAACAACAACUCCUUAGCUUCACCUACAAUAAAUGUACUGUCUCAGAAUGUCACCCAGGAUAGCUCCACCCUGGUGAACACUCAAUCCUCCCACAUGUCACAUAUGGGAACAUCAAGCUACAUGGACUACAGCGCUCCUCCUGACAUUCUCCCAACAACCACCUUCCCACCCCAGCUUGUACCACCACCAAUGCAGGGUCCACCCCCAAUGCUUGGGCCACCACCCAUGCAGAGUAUUCCUUCCUUGUCAGGCCCUCUACCUAUACAAAGACCUCCUCCACCCAUUCAAGUUCCUCCGCCCAUGCAAGUGGAGAGCAACCAGUCUCCGUACUCCCAGUAUGGGCCGCCUCCUGCUGCUUAUCCUCCCUAUCAGAACCAAUGGGGAGGCUCUCAGCAGCAGUAUGAGGCCCCCCCUGGUCCUCCACCCCAGACCAUGAUGCCACCCAGGGGACCUCCUCCAUUCCAGCCAAUGGGCCCGAGAGCCCCACCUCCCCAGAUGUUCAAUGCCCCCAUGGGCUCCAUGCCUCCCCAGCACAUGGGGCAGCAAGGCCCCCCUCCAGGCCAGUUCAUGGAGAGCCAUGGCCUGCCCAGACCCAAUUUUGACGGGCAAAACGGUUUAGCUCCACCAAGGAUCAGUGGACUCCCUCCUCCAUUCAACUUCCCUGGACCCAGAGCACCCCCUCCACCCUUCACAGGGCCUCCCCCUGGCCACUUUGACAACAGAGGACCUCCUCCAUCCCACUUCCCUGGGCCCAGAGGUCCACCUUCUCAUUUUGGGGAUCAUGGGUCCCACGCCCACAUGAUUGACCCACCAAGAGGCCCUGUAGAUCAGUACAACAAUGUCAGUGUUGGGUCCUACCAGCAGGGCAUGGACCAUCACCAGGGUCAGACCCCUCCACACAUGUACAAAGACAACCAGGCUCCCCCACAAGGCCCCUCUUACAGAGGACCUCCACACAACCAGUAUGAGGGGCGGAGAGGCCCGCCUCCCAGUGGAGAUAUGGGUGGACAGCGCUUCCAGCCACCUAACCAGUUUCGGGGCUCUAUAGCACCCUCCCCACCACCACACAGGGGGUCUUAUGAUGACCAGGGACCCCCUCAGGACCACCGUGGGGCCCCACCACAGCAUUUUGGAGGACCUGACCAGUAUCGCCUUGACAGUCCAGGGGACUUAAGACCAGUUCGCCACAGUGGGCCUCUGCUCCCGACCCCACCAGAGGGCCCCAUACCCCUACCAAACCGCAUGGGGGGUCACAGCCCAGAGUCCCACAGGGAUGACCACUGGCGACGACACUCGCCUGAUAUGAGGAGAAGGAGCAGCUCCACCAGAGAGGGCUCAGAACCUUGCGGUGGAGACAGGCCCAGUCGGUUUGAGGGGGGCCACAGAGACCGGGAGCCAAUCCCUGGCUCCUCUCAGUUGUCUGAGGAAAGGCAAAGGGACCUGUCUGAGGACCGCAGGAGGGAGCGGGACAGAGAGGGGCCCCAUGGAGCCAGGCCAUGGGACAGGGGCCAGGACAAGCCCUGGAGCCGGGAGAGAGAGUGGGACAGAGGCAGGGAGAGAGACAGGGGAGAGAGAGAACGAAGCCGGGAGAGGGAGCGCAGCAGAGGGAGGGAGGGAGAGCGACAUGGGGAACCCGAGGGUGACAAACGCAGGGAACCCGAGGGUGACAAACGCAGGGCGCCGGAGGGUGACAAACGCAGGGCGCCUGAAGGUGACAGACGCAGGGCGCCGGAAGGUGACAGACGCAGGGCGCCGGAUGGGGACAGACACAGGGCGCCGGAGGGGGACAGACACAGGGCGCCGGAGGGGGACAGACACAGGGCGCCGGAGGGGGACAGACACAGGGCGCCGGAGGGGGACAGACACAGGGCGCCGGAGGGGGACAGACACAGGGCGCCGGAGGGGGACAGACACAGGGCGCCGGAGGGGGACAAGAGAAGGGACAGGGAGAGAGACCGAGACAGGGGCAGGGAGAAAGAGCCUGACAGGAGAGACUACGACCGAGACAGACCCAGGAUCAGAGACCGGGAGAGAGACCGCGACAGGAGAAGGGACAGGUCCAGGAGCAGAGACCGGGACAGAGGCAAGGAAAGAGAGUCUGACAGGAGAGACAACGACCGAGACAGAGCACGAGACCGAGAGAGGGAUAAAGACCGGGACAGGCGCGACAGGAGCAAGAGCAAAGAAAAGAGAGAAGACAAAAAAGAAACAAACAAAUCUGAUGUCCCAAAGGAGAGCGAUAAACCUGCAGAGGUUGAAACUGAUAAAAACACAUCGUAAUGUCUUACUUUUGAGGACAAUUCACUGUAGUAAAUCAAUCCUGUAACUUUUACUUUCAACACCAUAACUAAAUGUAAAUAGACAUUGGGAAUGUGUUUCUACAUGACAAAUGAUUUCAUGGUACAAUACUCUUGUAGUUCGAAAGGUCGGAACAUUUUUUGCCACUUCAUAUUUUAUGAAUGUUAUCACAUUUGAAACUAAUAUUGAGGUCAUUUAAGUUCAUCUGACUAUGAUACCAUGUCAUUUACAUACAAGUACCUUUCUCCUGUCAAAGUACCUUUUCUAAGAAACACAUGAAAGUAACUGAUUAACUCCCUGACCUUUAAUGUAAAUAUGAAUGUAUUUGUGUAUAUACCGGUAUGUUUUUAAUCACAUUUUUCUAAGUAGAGAAAUUAUAAGCCAUAUAUCUGGAAUGGAUAAUGUGAGAAUUUAGGAAACAUUGAUUGCUAUAGUCUGAAGUCAUUGGACAGUAUGUGCUAUAUGUUCAGCAGUUACCACUGAAUGGAUGUACCUAUAGUAUUGCUAAUUACAGUUGACAUUAAUUUUGUUUAAACUUGGCCAAUUAAACCUUCUUUAUGGCAAUCUUUGUCAUUAAUGGGUUCUGUCUUUCCAUUACAUCUGACUUUUUUUUUUAAAUGUAAUGUUCAAAGGCUGUAAUAAACACCACAUAGACUCUGUU